CACCCAUCUACUAUCAAUUCACAACCACCAGUUUUCAUUUAAUUAAUUAUUUGAAGCAUCUCAGAAUCUUCCAUUAAGAUCGGGACUAUAUCCGUUUUUUUAAAAAACGGAUGUCGCGGUCGCGAUAUUAUGAGCGAGGUUGGAGCGCCCAUUCGCAAUCGCCUUUUACGAUCAAAACAAGAUGAAGCCAGUCGAAUUAAUUCGUCGAGAAAGAGGAAGCUUCGCGAGUUGUUCGCAGUUUGCGACAAUGAGGGCCCUAUACCUGUAAUCCUUGGGAUAGACUCCAAUGCUCCACCACCAAUUCCGCAGAGGCACAAUUUCUCGAGGCUUGGUGAUAUCUUACACGAUGGUGCAAUACCACGAAAGAGCCGUGGGACUACUCCAAUUGAAAAUAGUAACGAAGGACGAAAUAUCGAGAGAAACGGAGAUGACGUUAGGGCAACACCAGGAGCGACUGGGGUUUCUAUACGCAGAUCUCCCUCGAAGAGCUUGCAGACAGAUUCACCGACCGAGUCUUCUGCAGCCAUCAUUUCAUCGGUGGAGGAGGUACCUGAAAUAGCUAGUCACUCUGCGACUGCGGCGCAAAAGCAAGACCAAGAUCAAGAGCAUGAUCUAUCCAGUAGAAAUUUCGAAGUCGAACGUAUUAAGAGAGUAGUGGAAAGCCCCCCUGGAAGCCCUGGAGUGGAUCCAAGGAAAGCAGUGCCUCCAUCUGCUGAAGACGUUGCGAACCUGCAAGAGCCAGUUAUCUUCGGCGCGAAUGAUGAGAAUCAUCAUGCUGCAACUGCUCAUUUACCACCGAAAGAAGUUCAGGAAGCUCGAAUAGAGGAGAUUGAGAAGGCACGCGAGCACACAGGGGAUAGAGGCAGACAUUCAAUCACAAAUUCACUUAGGAUUGCGGUGGAUUUACCUUCCUCUCCAAGUUCGACAAUAGAUGCACAUUCAACCACAACUCCUGCCCGGCACGAUGUUUCUGCAGACACAAGUCCCGAGAAUGAUAAUUCUCGGUACGAAGAGGCUGAGAACCCAGAUAAUGAGAUCGAUCUCAAAACUUCAACAGAGACAAAGUCCAAUCGCGAGGACAUUGCUCAGGAAGAUGAACACAACAGCAGACACAAGACUCAAAAUGAACUCUCCAGUACUGAGGCUCUAGGUAGUAAUUCAAUGUCAGCUGAUGCUCAACUUCGUAUGGAGGACCAAGCCGCUGCCGGCUCAAAAAUUGCUACGGUUGCUGAGAUAGCAGAUUCUGAAGCUUCGAGUUCGCAGUGCGUUGAAGAUUCUAAACCACUGGCACAGGAAGACAAAAGUGUAGAAAAGAAACUUGCCGUGGAAAGAACCGGCGACGACGCAAACGUUUCGCUGCCAGAUGAAACAGUGCGAAGCGAAAAGGUUCGUUCGACCCCCAAAGCAAACGAAGUACCGGAUUCUGAGGGCGAAGGACAAACUCCAGUCGACGCUAUGGAUUUGGAUGUGGCUACUGUCAAGGAUUCAUUUGGAAGUCAAACUACGCUAGAUAGUGGUCCUGCCACGAAUGCAAAAGAACCAACUUCUAUCGAAGAGACCCCAAUGCAGCUGCCCUCUGAUGCUAAGACGCCACCAUCUGCAACAUCUACUCCUACAACACGCAAAACACCGUCGUCAACACCCGCUCCCGUUCAAGCGCCAAUUGAGCGUAUGACGACAAGAGUCGCUUCAGGGGCAAUCAGACAUAAGUCUGUAUCUGAGAUUCUAGGCGAAACGCCAGCGCUGAGCACCUCUCCCACUUCGGCAAGAAGUCCUACUAGCAAGCCAGAUACCGGAUCAGCCGUGAACUCUCCUUCGAGAGGAAGUACGCCGGGGUCCACUCGCAGCCUGCUCCAGAAAUCAAAAGAGAAGAACCAAAGUAGACUUUCAACGGUCGUGUUUGCUAAAAAGCCUACUCCUGGUCCCCGAGUCAACGAUACUGCUUUGAUGCCCAAGGGCGCCAAUUCACAUGCAGCACAUGCAGCAUCUCCUUAUGACGAUUAUUUUGCGUGUUUGUAUCUCAAUAGCCACAACACACAAAAAACAGGCUAUCCACCGUUGGAUGGACUACUACAAACCGCUCAUAAAACUAUCACGACGUCGAAUGCUUUUGUGCCCAUAACUGAGAAUCAAACUACAAGGAUUCUGAAGCGCAUAUAUGGGCUUCAGAACACUUCUAAAUGGUCUCUGCGUCAACCUAAGCGAUCCGAAGAACCCAUUCGGCCAACCACACAUUGGGACGUCCUACUCCAAGAAGCGAAAUGGAUGCGAACAGAUUUCCGUGAAGAACGAAAGUGGAAAAUGGCAGUGGCUAAGAACUUAGCAUAUGCUUGUGCCGAGUGGUUUGAAGCUAGCAUUGAGGAACGAAAAAUCCUACAAGUAAAUGCUACUCGCCCAGCAUUAGUCCUGGCUGAUGCCUCGAAAGAUAUCGAAAUGGAUGAUGAGACUAGUAAAUCUCUUUCGCACUCUACUCCCGAACUGAUCGCCUCUGCAGAAUUUGAUUCUCCAAUGGACGAUGUUGAUGAUGAACUUCGCCUCAGUCUUAUAGAUACUGUCAGCCCCACUGCGAUCUUUGGUCUUCAGGAUGAAGAUGUUGUCUUUGGAUUGAGUAGAUCGCCUGCCACUGAUAAACUAUUAGAGGAAUUGCCCUUAUAUGGUGCGCCAUUGAGUGUUCCUUGCAAUGACUUGCCUUCCUCUGAAGUUGACCCCGAUCGCUUCUGGAGACGACCUGCGGUCGGUAUCAGUAAGUACGUAGAGGGAAGAAUGGAAUUGAAGUUUCAAGGCCCCUCGCGGAAGCGGAGCCGAUUUGAGUAUGAAGAAGACAGUGAGGAUGAAGACGCCGAAAUGGGCGAAUUUAGGCGUGAGAAGUCUCUUUUACCACCCGAACAAACCAAUAUUGGUUUAUUUGACCCCGCCAACAAGCACAUCCGCGACCGCAUUCAUGCUGGACACCAAUUCCGGCCACCCUCAGAAUUUCCCAUGCCAGUGCAAAGUUUCUUUGAGAAUCGCUCAUGCUCACAGUGGACUUGUGCCGAGGACGACGAGUUGAAGAGGCAUGUACGAGAGUAUGCUUACAAUUGGUCAUUUAUUUCCAACAUGUUAUCAAGCCGAUCGCUAUUUUCAUCAGGUGCUGAGAGACGUACGCCUUGGGAAUGUUUUGAACGAUGGAUAGCUUUAGAAGGGCUACCCGCAGAAAUGCAAAAGACCGCGUACUUUAAGGCCUAUAACAAUAGAAUGGAGGCAGCCCAGCGAAAUCUACAGGUUAUGGCUGCUGAAGCUGCCCGGCAACCCAUCGUGAAUGGUCAACCAGUCCCACCUCGAAAGCGAACUACCACCACCCAACGUGUGGAGAAACGGAGAAACCAGAAACAUUUAAGCUUAAUCGAUGCAAUGAGAAGAUUGGCGAAGAAACGCGAGAACUCCGCCCAAAAGCAGCAAUUGACUGCCGCACAGGCCGCAGCAAGGAAGCCAGCUGAACAACCUCAAACAUGGACACCUAUCAAGACCCCUCAAGAAUUUAGUCGUUUGAAACAUGACCGAGAGGAGCAAUACAAGAAAAGCAUGGCUGCCUUCCAGCUACGACAGGAACAGGUCAGAAGAGAAGCACAAGCUCGUCAAAGAAAUGCACUUCAGCAGCAGCAGGCUCACCCCAAUGGCUUGCCCCAACAGCGUGGUCCAGCUCUUCCGAACGGUCUCGUUCCUCCGAUUGGACCACCCAAUGGAAACGGUCAUCUCGCUGUUCCUGGACAGAAUAGACCUCGUCCUUUGCCCCCUCACAUGGCUGGAGUUGGACCGAUGCCCAACAAUCUUCGAAUUCCACAAGCAAUGUCUAAUGGUGUUCCGCAAGCCCAAAUGCAGGGAGGCCUGCCAUUGAACCCUGCCCUAACACCUGAGCUUGCAGAUGGCGCUCGUCGUGCUGCUUUACAACAAAGGCAACAACAACACAUGCAGAGCAUGGCGCAGCAGCAGAAUAGCCCGCAUCCAGGGCAGGCGCAGAAUUCCCCUCCGCGAAUGAAUGGAAUGCCUACGCAGCCUGGAUUUAUGCCCAAUAAUAUGAACUCCUACAAUAACAACCAUAUCAAUGGUAUGGCUGGUUCUCCUGGUAUAUCAGCGCCUUCUCCAGCUCAAGCAGGCUCCCCUCGGCUAGACCUGCCACCUUCUGGACUUCCUAAUGGUGGUCUGCCUCCAAAUGUCCCGUUCAGUGAAAUAGCACAAAACGUCAAAAAAGCUAAUCCCAAUGCGUCUCCAAACGAAAUCCACAAAUUGGUGGGUGAAAAUAUAGCUGCAUAUGCUAACAACAGGCAUUUGCAGCAGCGAGGCUUGGUCCAACCUCCAAGCGGCAUAGCAACCAGCGCUAUGAACGCAGCAGCCGGUAACAACAGCAUCGGAAUGAAUGGCCAAGGAGGACAGCGACCACCGCCAAUCGGCAUCGAGAAUGCUAGUCCGCAGAUGUAUGCUCAAAUGUUGAGUAAUCAUCAUCAGCAGAGACUAAUUACUCAGCAGGCACAACAACAGGCAGCACAACAACAGGCAGCACAACAGCAGCAGCACUCGCAAGCCAUCGUGAAUCAAAAUCGAGGGCAAGGGAAUGGUAACGGGGCGCAACAAAAUGGGGUAAAAUAAAGCAUUGAAUAAUCCGCCGUGACGAAGCAAACGUUGUAUGGAUUUGGUUUGCCUUGUUAGGUGCCUUUGAAGGGAUGAUGAUUGUAGAAGUAUAAAUAGAUCUUGCUAAGCUCUUGCAAGAGUUUAAGAGCUUGCACUCAGCUUUGCUAGCUUUGCUAGCGAAUGACUUAUCGAAUUAAGAAAUAUUAAUGAAUAUAUGUACAACAAUUGCACCUUGUACAUUCCGCAAACCCA